AUGUACGUCAAGUACCUGCUCUUCGUCGUGCCUGCGACGCCUUAUCCGGGCCAGGCUCCGCCAGGAACACGCAUGGGCGAGCCGACGCUGCAGAACAACGCGGUGCCGUACGUGUGCCUUCCGGACCACGUCGCCGGCGGGCCGGCUCCAGGUGCACCUCAACAGUCAGCGCCGCGCUACGACGACGGCGCGGGGCCCUCCAAACCGCGCUACGACGACGGCGCGGGGCCCUCCGAGCCGCGCUCGUGGCCACGGCACCGUCCCGGAUCCACAUACAGCGACGACGAGUUCGAGCCCGACUUUUAG